UCCGGGUCGCGGUUAUCAAGUCGGAAUUGAAAGCAGGCUGUGAGGCUCUUUAGGGAGAGUUGCAGGCGUCUCCCUCUAGUCUCCUAGAUACUGCCGCGAGGAUCGAAUGAUGGGAUCGGCAGAGGCUGCCUCUUCGCCUGCGUUCCCUUUUCUGGACCCGAUUGUUGUUGACGACGAGAUGGGGAACCCUUACCAGGACACAGAUAUGGACUUUCUGGAUACCGCCAGGCUGCAGAUGUCGGCAGAAAAUGCAGGGAGGGACUUUGACGACCUGUUCUCGCGCGCCACUUCGUCCCGCCCAGUCGCGGAAUCGGAGCCAUCGUGUCUAUCGCCCUCGGAAUUGUCCCUCAAACGGUCUUACCAAGACCAGGAUGCGUUGCGACAAGUGAAUGUUGUGUCGUCUGAUUCACCCGCCGAGUCGCCAGACGGUUCAUCUCCUAGUUCCUCUUCCACAUCGCCGCGGAACCAUCUCCGAAACCCGUCGGUCACCUCUUCCGCAUCGGUUGUUCAUAGCGAAAACACCGUGAUGCCCUUUGGAUAUGCGAUGGAGGAUUGGAUGAACCCAGACCUGGCAUCAGUCAAGGAGGAAUCGCUUUUCGGUCUUGACCUCUCCCUGCCAAAUCUCGAUGGCGCUUUCCCCACAGAUACCGACCUCGAGUCGAGUAACAAGGCGAUGGAUGCCGCUUUUGACUUCGAGAGUGCUGCCAGUAGCCCCAGCCCUCUGAAAUCCGAGUCUGCCCCUUUGCCAAAAUUCCCGAAGAGAUCAAAAUCUCAGCUACGAAGUGUUUCUGGCACCUCGGCCAGGCAUUCUGCUUCAUCGAUCCCCGGGCCGUCUUUCUUCCCUCGCAACACAAAGGAGCCCUCGCCUUUUUCGGUCUCGAGAAGCUUUGGUCAGGCGAAGUCACCGUUGGGUCCGUGGGGAGGUCAUUCGCCUUCAUCAAUCUUGGAAGAAAGUUUCGGCGGAAUCAAUAUGAAUGGUGGCUCUCCGCUCACCCCAGGACUCAACUUUGGACCGAGCAGCUUUCCCUUUGGUGUCAAUUUUGCUCCAUCCCCUUCCCCGAGUACCAUGAAGCAAGAAACGACACAGCGUCACAUGCUGACUGUGCAUCCCACCUCGCUCAAAUCGCGCGUGGAAACUCAAAUUCCAAUCAGACUGACCCUCUUUCCACUGCCGAACGGUGUCAAAAAGGUGCGCUUACCGAGCCAUACUAUCUCAAAACCGAAAUUUCUUGCCCCGCCAACCGUUGAACGAUCCCCGGAAAUCGUGGAGUUGCAUACUAGUCUUGUUUGCACGAGCGCGAUGCAAGAUCAGGAGAAGUUGAAUAAGGCAUUUGCGAGAGCGAGAGGCGAAAAUACUGGCCGUCCAUCUAGCGCUAGCCCACGGUCCGCCGAAGACUUGCAGGAAGACGACAAACCGUUGGAUGGUGGAGAAGUAAAGAUCUGCCCUGGUUGUAUUCAGCGUGAACGGAAGCGGGCAUUCCGGAAAAAGCAAAGAAAACCGGAGGAGGAUGAACUUUUCCAAAAGGACGAGGAGAAGAGGGUAAUCGUCUUCAACACCAAUGAAGUUAAGGAAUGGGCCGAGCCGUCCAAGAAUGCUAUUCCCGGGUACGGAGACGCUCCCAUGCCGAAUAUUCCUCCAGGGGCUAUGCAAGUAGAACUGCCGAUGCGAAUUGCAUGUUACUGCAGGCAUCAGAAUGAGAAGCUCGGGUUUCAGGUCAUCUUCACCGUCAAGGAUUAUAAGGACAACGUUGUUGCUCAAGCGAUAACGAACUCGAUCAUGAUCACAGAUGACCACAAGACCCAUGCUCCUCCGGCUCCUCCGGCUCCUGGCCCCUCCCCCUCGUUGCCUGAUGGGACACAGCUUCCGGGCGUUGGUGUGUUCCCAUCGAGCCCCAGUGUUGAUACAGGCAAAUCAUCCGCCCCCUCUCAACAAGCAGCUCAGUCGUCUUCGGCCACGGAUUUGCAGGGGCUCCAGCAAAGAUUCAACACCCAGUAUCAAUUGACCUCCAAUAAUUUCGCCGUGUCACAGACCUCAACGAACGGCACAAAUCCCAACUCGCAGACGCCGCGGAGUCUGUCACGACAAACAUCGCCGAACGACUUUCAAGGGCCGAUGAGCAAGCGCCGCAAGCACAGCAACUCGGGGAGAUUACCGUCCGAACUCACUAUGACUAAACUAGAGAAUGCACAGUCAUCUGCCAGCGCCUCUAGUUCUUCAGCUCCGAGUAACGAGCCGCAGUUCCCCAGCUCCCGUGGAUUUGCUUCCCCGGUAGAGAGGCCUUUCGUGACGACUUCUGCUUUGUCUAAUCAAUUCUCUAACGGACCGCCGACUCCAAACGGCGCCGAUACGAACCCAUUCCUUAAUACUAUACAGCAACAGAGUUUGGACAACUUCAUACAACAGCAAUUGAUGUCUGCACCGAACUCGGCUCAACCAAGCCGCCCUGGAACACCCGGUGGUUCUUCGCGGAACAACAACUUUCAGGACCCGAGCUUCAAUCUCUCUUUGGGUCCUACUCCAUCCACCCCAAUGUGGCCGCCACUUACAAAUGCGGGUAACCGGCUUCCUUCGGUCAUCCACAAAUUGGUUCCUGCGGAAGGCUCUAUAACAGGAGGCACGGAGGUUACACUGUUAGGGAGUGGCUUUUACCCCGGCAUGGAAGUUGUCUUUGGCGAUACUCUUGCCACAACCACCACGUUCUGGGGUGAUAAAUGUCUCAAUUGCUUGACGCCUCCUGCACUUCAACCCGGACUCGUGGCGGUGGUUUUCAAGCAUGAACACCCCACGUUCGGUCAGAUGCAGCCGGCUCAGCCUCUGAUGCCAAAGCAACAGCAGUUCUUCCGUUACGUUGACGACCGGGAGCUGCAGAUGUAUCGCCUUGCUUUAGGUAUCCUUGGUCAGAAACUUGGCAGUCAAGCCGAUGCAUUCCAAACUGCCCAGCAAAUCAUGGGCAGUGAUAUGAAGAGCGUAUUCAACCUUCAGAAAGACUUCCCAGGAGGAUCCGGGGGUCACCAGCGGCAGGUUCCCGGGUUGGAGUCGCAAGUCAAACUGAGCGACCUUGACUCGAGAAUGUGGAGAUACCUGGAGUUUGUCGAUCUCGAUGACAGUCCGCGCCCCCCCAGAUACAACUCGCGAUCUGCGACAGGGCAGACUCUGCUUCACUUUGCAUCUUCGUUGGGCCUGACGCGAUUUGUGGCUGGCCUGCUUGCUCGAGGUGCCAAUCCCGACCUGCAGGAUAACACCGGGAACACACCGAUGCAUCUGGCAGCUUUGAACGGUCACGCGCAUAUCGUCAACAGGCUUCGUCUCGCGGGAGCCAACUCUAAUGCCCGUAGCAUUAGGGGCUUUACCCCAGCAGACCUUGCUACCACGUUGCCAGCUCACCAGGCCGCCCUGAUACCUGCACGCCACUAUCGCUCACGUAGUGUUGGGUCAUUGUCCUCUUCGCGGCGCAGGCACAGCAGUUCUGCAUCCCUGCAUUCACUCUGGGAGUCUUCCUCUGCAUCAGGUUCAUUCGACCAUGCGGUCGAAGACUCGGAUGAUUCGGAUGAUGGGGAUGGCGUGAUUGACUAUACCGUAUCACGACGGUCAAGUAUGCACCAUGAGCGACCAGGACCGAUCCCUUCACCGGAGCAGGCAGCGCAAACUGACGAUACCCGACCGUUCUCACCUCCCGCGGCGCUGGUUGCUUGGCGUAACCAACUCCAAGCACAGAUUAAUCAGUUCCAGCAAAGUGUGUCCAACGCGUUCCCCAAUCUUCCUGCAUUACCGCCCAUGCCCGCCCUGCCUGAUUACCAGGCUCAUCCGAUGAUGCGUCGCAUUACGAAUCUUGUUCCACACCGGCCGAGCACGGCGCGGUCGGCCAAAGAUGGCUGGUGGGAUAUGCUGACGGGCAACUCCGCCCCCACGGGCACAGAGCUUCCGUCCUAUGAAGAGCUCUAUCCUCACAAAGACACCGAAGAUGAGGAGCAAGCAGCGCGCUUGAAAAAGUCAAGCAUGUUGCAGGCGGCGACAGAGGCGGCUCUCGAUCAACAUUUCGAAGCACUGGCCAGCACCUCGGAGGUCCCGCGGGCCAAGCCGGAGAGCGAAGACAUCAAAGACAUUCGGAUUGGCCGCAAGGUUAUAUCUCGUGAACAGCAAAAACACCUCAGGGAGCAGCAAGCACGGAGGAUGAAGGGUCUUGGUAGCGAUCGGAAUCUGUACUUCAUCUGGGUAAGUGGAGAUGUUUAUCGAAUUGCGUCAUCGUGCUGAGAGCUGUUGCUAACUUGUGCUAGAUUCCACUCCUGCUGUUGGUGAUUUGCGCCUGGGCCCGGAGUUAUGUCCCGGGCAUCUGGGAAGGGUUUUCUAGCGGUUAUGAAUUUGUCAAGGC